UCUCUCUCGCUCUCUCUCUCUCUCUCUCGCUGUCACACAGAGCCAGGCCAGGCAGAGGCAGCUCGUCCGCCCGGAGAGACAGCCACACAACACCACAUCGCGUAGCUGCUGCCGACUGAUCAAUAGCGUAGUCAGUUAAACGCUUCUUUAAAAUGGAUGUCUUGAUUCAUACCAUCUUUUGACACUGGACUAUGUUGUUGCUGCUGCGUUCAACGGGAGUGGAAACCUCUUCUCCGGCUUGCUGUUAGAGGUAACUGGUUCGCCUCGACGACAUAAGAGAGGACCACACUCCCCCCCCCACUCCCCCAUCACCCCCCCAUCCCCCCCAAUCGUUAGCUCGCUAAGCUACCUAGCCACGCUAACUUAGCUGUGAUACUUUGAACCGUAUCGGCGUCUGUUUUCUGCCUCGAAGCUAGCCUGCGGUCUCCUGCGCCACCGCGGUGGAUUGAGGUGCUCUGUCUCCCAAGGAGCAUGUUUGAGUGACAAGACAAGGAGGAAGUGGGAUCUCUGACGCUCCGCCCCUCUGCAGGUGGAGCAACCCGCACAUCUGACCAGAGACCCCUUAGUCUGAACAGGAUGAGGAGGUUCGCCUACUGUAAGGUGGUGCUGGCCACCUCUCUGGUUUGGGUGAUGCUGGAUAUGUUCAUCCUGCUAUACUUCAGCGAGUGCAACAAGUGCGACGACAAAAAAGAGAGAGGACUGCCCGGGAGAGACGACGCCAUGGCCAGGCCGCGGGAUGGGCCCGGUGAGGGGGGGAAGCCUGUGGUGAUUCCUAAAGAGAACCAGGAGAAGAUGAAGGAGAUGUUUAAGAUCAACCAGUUCAACCUCAUGGCCUCCGAGAUGAUUGCUCUCAAUCGGUCACUGCCUGAUGUCCGACUGGAAGGGUGCAAGAAUAAAUUAUACCCAGAUAAUCUUCCUCGUACCAGCGUGGUGAUUGUUUUUCACAAUGAGGCUUGGAGCACGCUUCUGCGAACCGUCCACUCCGUCAUCGACCGCUCACCACACACACUGCUGGAGGAGAUUGUCCUGGUGGACGAUGCGAGCGAGAGAGAUUUCCUAAAGCGGCCGUUGGAGCAGUAUGUCAGGAGGCUGGAGGUUCCUGUCAGAGUGGUGAGGAUGGAGCAGCGCUCCGGACUUAUCCGUGCUCGCCUCAAGGGAGCAUCCCUCUCCACUGGUCAGGUCAUCACCUUUCUGGAUGCUCAUUGUGAAUGCACUACAGGGUGGCUCGAGCCUCUGUUGGCCCGCAUAAAGCAAGACAAGAGAACGGUGGUUUGCCCUAUCAUCGAUGUGAUCAGCGAUGAUACAUUUGAGUACAUGGCAGGAUCCGACAUGACAUAUGGGGGCUUCAACUGGAAGCUAAACUUCCGUUGGUACCCUGUACCCCAGAGAGAGAUGGAUCGCCGCAAAGGAGACCGCACGCUGCCUGUCAGAACUCCCACCAUGGCGGGUGGCUUGUUCUCCAUAGACAGAGAUUAUUUCCAGGAGAUCGGCACGUAUGACGCAGGCAUGGACAUCUGGGGAGGAGAGAACCUGGAAAUCUCUUUCAGAAUCUGGCAGUGUGGUGGGACUCUAGAGAUCGUCACAUGCUCUCAUGUUGGUCACGUGUUCAGAAAGGCAACGCCCUACACGUUCCCUGGAGGAACAGGACAGAUCAUCAACAAAAACAACCGGCGCCUGGCAGAAGUCUGGAUGGAUGAAUUCAAAAACUUCUUCUAUAUCAUCUCUCCAGGUGUGACCAAAGUGGACUAUGGUGACAUCACGUCUCGUUCGGCUCUGAGACAAAAGCUUCAAUGUAAACCCUUCAGCUGGUACUUGGAGAACGUCUAUCCUGACUCCCAGAUCCCCAGACACUACUACUCUCUGGGAGAGAUCCGUAACGUGGAGACCAACCAGUGCCUGGACAACAUGGCACGCAAAGAGAAUGAAAAAGUUGGCAUUUUCAACUGCCAUGGCAUGGGAGGCAACCAGGUUUUUUCCUACACGGCCAAUAAGGAGAUCAGAACGGAUGACUUGUGUCUAGAUGUAUCCAAGUUAAACGGACCUGUCAUGAUGCUCAAGUGUCAUCACCUCAAAGGCAACCAGCUCUGGGAUUACGACCCUGUAAAGCUGACCCUGAUCCACGUCAACAGUAACCAGUGUCUGGACAAGGCCAGCGAGGAGGACAGCCAGGUGCCCAGCGUCAAAGACUGCACACACACACGCUCCCAACAGUGGCUACUGCGCAAUGUCACACUACCAGAGGUCUUCUGACCACGCUCCACACACUCCCAAACACACACACAAUCACACACACAGCAGCCCAGAGUGAGCAAUCAGGGGAACAGUCGGUGUUUAUCAGAAUUGGGCACAAGGAAAGAAAAGACUUCCCAUGAAGGGAUUCGGGAAGAGAGGAGGAUGGAUCGGAUGGUACUACCUCUGACUGGGAUUGGAGGGAGGAGUGUGUUUGACCCCCCUCAGUGCGACAAAAGAGCAAAGACUCCCACCAGGAGACUGUGGUUGGUUAUUUUACGUUUGUAUUUUUUGUUUUUUUAAAGAGAUUUUAACCGCUGAGUGUGACGUGACUCCUGGGAGUGAACAUGAGACUGACGGACAGAGUCGAGAUUCUGUGCUCACAGCUUCCCUGGACAAAGUAGUCCAUCUCUCAACUCAUCACUAAACGUUUACUGACUGCCUCUGAUGAGAGAAUGUGUGCACUUAGGUGUGUGUUUGUGUGUGUGUGUGUGUGUGUGUGUGUGUGUGUGUGUGUGUGUGUGUGUGUGUGUGUGUGUGUGUGUGUGUGUGUGUGUGUGUGUGUGUGUGUGUGUGUGUGUGCAUGUGUAUUCUAAGAUGAAUGUAUGCAAUGAGAGGGGGGCUAAAUUCCUUGUUUUAUGUUUUUUUUUUUUAAUUUAAACUUGUAAUGAAAUGAACUCCGGUGAAUGAAGAAGGGUGCAUGUGUGACUGAGCGUGUGUGCGUGCGUGCGUGCGUGCGUGUGUGUGUGUGAGAGAGCGUGAGCCCCUCCUACAGUCUUGCAGCAGUGUGUGUCUCCCUCUGGUGUGACACCUCAGUAUUUCAUCCCUCAGACUGAAGCCUCUCUACUGAGGAAUUUCCAAGUUACUUCACAAACGAAUCACAAGAGAACGAGGACUGACCUCUGCUGUCAGCAGAGAACUACAGAUAGAGAACUAUGUUUGUGAUAUCUUGAGAUUUCUAUGUCCAUUUUUUUUCUAUGGUUUUGUGUUUCUACAGUCCUGUGAGAGUGCCACAGAGCAGUAACAUUAGUAUGUCUAUCAGUCUCUGUUGACUUUUAAGAUGUUUAACAUAGAGCUAACACACAAACAGGAACUCUGCAUAUGUAACUGAUGUUCACUGCCUAAUGAUGUGUUCAACCAUAAGGAAAUCAAACACACACAUGACCUGUAAACAUAUAGGAAACAGGCUGCACUAGCCUCAUACUUUAAUCCAUUUUGUCAUAUCUUCUUCUCAAUGACCUCUUCAAGACACUCCAAGGGCUUUUUUCCUCCAGUGGAGUGUGUGUGUGUGUGAGAGUACGUGGAUGCAUGUGUGCGUGCGUGUGAGAGUGUGUGAUUUCUGUUAAUCCCAGUCCAUCAGCUCCCUGUUUACCAGGACAAAUGGCUCUCUGAUUCCUCGCUGUUGGACAGCCAGACUCGGUAGCAUAGACCGACUGCAGAUGCUUCAUAUAAAAAGCAAAAUGCUGCUUUUCUUCUUUUUUCCACGCUCUCCUGAGGACAUUUCUACAAUAGGAGAGGAAGCCAAGGAAGCCCUUAUUAGAAUAUCAAAGAGAUGUUGCUGAGGUGUGUUCGGUGACUUAAUCAGGGACGGAAUAAUAAAUGCAGAGAGCCGAGGGGAGGGAAGGGUUGAACUGUUGGUUACAAAGAGCAGCAGCAGCAGCAGACAUAUCUGAAAUCAUGACUGUAUAUCUCAUUUUGAAAGCCCACCUGCAGUAUUUCCCAUUUCAUAUCACAGACUGCUGAACAGAAACAUCAGUGUGUCAAUCUCAUUUCAACCAUCAUACUUUCUUUCUUCUCUAUCACUCCUGCCGCUGCGAGUCAGGGCAGGAGAGGUCAUUUCAUAAAGGUUUUUACCAUUUCAGCUUCCUCCAGUGGAGGAGGGUUUACAUGUAGGACAAGUCCCCAGUUCAUCUUUGUCCUGGACGUGGUAGUAGUUCGAUGAGGCCACUGACUGAUUUCAUGUCGGAGUGAACGACUGUGUGCUGAAGAUGUGAACGUGUCUUGUUUUGUUUUUAUAUUGUGAGACAGAGGAAGUGGAUCGAUUGUUCUGAUAUUUGGGGGUGGGGGGUUUUAAUUCAACUGACCUGUCCAAGCUUCCACACUGAGCUGAUCCAAAUGUAGAAAAUAAAAGUGAAAAAGUUUACAGAACAAUACGGGAGAAAUGUGGAUUUCUGCCUCUUUUUGUUUGCACACACCAACAAACACCAUUUCUUUUCUGUCAGUGAGGAGUGCAUUUUAACUUUGGUGCUGACAUUUUUUGACCAGUGUUGGCCAAGGCUGAACAAAGUAAAUAAAGUGCCAAUGUUUUUUCAUGAGAGGGAAACAAAUAUUGGCAAAUUUUGCCCCUGACUUUCAUUCAUGACUGAAAAUAAUUUAAUCUCCCCAUGCUUGUAAACAACCAAUAUAUUGGUUACUAUUAAGUUUUUCUUUAAUCAAACAAGCCCUAUGUCUAUCCUUAAGGUGUAACAAAUGUCUUGCACUGCAAUAACUUCCUCAUAAACUAUUUGAAAAUCA